GCACCGCUGAGCUGCCGAGAGGAAGCUCGCUCUGCCCGGCAGCCCUCUUGUAGCCCGCCGGCGAGGGGCCGUUCCCGGUGAGGAGGAAGAGAGCAGCGGGCGGCACAGCACUCGCGCGGGCCCUCCGGCAGCCGAGCUGUCCGCAAACAACGGGCCUUUAGUUUUCAGGUGGCGAAACUGACUGGUCUGGUUAGAGCGCGUCCAAGCCAAGCCGCAGUGCUGUUUGGAUUUUUAAAUUUCUCCUUCUGAGUGAGAAAAUAGCAAUCGAGAUGGAACCAUCCGCACAACAGCUCCAGCUGGCAGCAUCACUUCCUGCCAAUUUAUCCAACUUCUGCCAAGGCUCUGAAAUGCCAACAACGUCGAGGCCUGCACUUGAUGUCAAGGGUGGCACCUCACCUGCGAAGGAGGAUGCCAACCAAGAGAUGAGCUCCGUGGCCUACUCCAACCUUGCGGUGAAAGAUCGCAAAGCAGUGGCCAUUCUGCACUACCCUGGGGUAGCCUCAAAUGGAACCAAGGCCAGUGGGGCUCCCACUAGUUCCUCAGGAUCUCCAAUAGGCUCUCCUACCGCCACCCCUCCCACUAAACCCCCAUCCUUCAACCUGCACCCCACCCCUCACUUGCUGGCUAGUAUGCAGCUGCAGAAACUUAACAGCCAGUAUCAGGGUAUGGCUGCCGCCACUCCGGGCCAACCCGGGGAGGCAGAGCCCCUGCAAAACUGGGACUUUGGGGCCCAGGCGGGAGGGGCGGAAUCACUCUCUCCUUCUGCUGGUGCCCAGAACUCUGCUAUCAUCGAUUCGGACCCAGUGGAUGAGGAGGUGCUGAUGUCGCUGGUGGUGGAACUGGGGUUGGACCGAGCCAAUGAGCUUCCAGAGCUGUGGCUGGGGCAGAAUGAGUUUGACUUCACUGCGGACUUUCCAUCUAGCUGCUGAUGCCAAGUGUCCCUAAAGAUGGAGGAAUAAAGCCACCAAUUCUGUUGUAAAUAAAAAUAAAGUUACUUACAAAGAGACGGGCCAA